AAUACACAUUUUCAAUAAUAGACUCGUUUUAAUAAUACUAUUUUGUGAAUUAAUAAUACACAUUUUUGAAUACUAUUUAAUUUUUUGUGGAUUCUGUGUUGUGAUUGUGAAUUUUAGGGAAUUUAUUUAUUAAAAAAGAACCUUGAAAUAGGAUAAAAAAUGAGGCUGUUAUAUUUUACAAUAUUAUUGGCGAUUACAUCUGUACCGUCACGCUGUCAGCUCAGAAACAGGGUGGGCAAGUUUGACGAAGUAUUCGCUUGGAAACAACUUACUUUUGACAUUAAUGGAAUUGAAGUACUUGAAGAUCGGUUUUCAGAAGAUGACCUAGCAGGCAGAGAUAGAAGAUCGACGGAUAAUAUUUAUUUUGAUGACAAAGACAAUGAGGAACAAAAGGUUUGGAAUAAGAGACCGUCGCUCUCUUCACAGCUGCCUGUGUACAACAAUCCCAUAGACACGCCGAGCUCUGCACCGAUAAACCCUAAUGAUGAAGUCGGACGAUUCUUCGUGCAAUACAAUAACGUUCCGAUGGGGGCUGAAAGAGUUGACGAUCGUGUUUUCAUCACAAUCCCACGGCGAAGAUACGGUAUACCGGCAACAUUGAACUACAUAGACCUGAAUCUCCAUGGGAACAGUCGUUCCCCUCCACUCUCUCCAUACCCCGACAUGGAAAGGUCCAGGUCUUUGAUAUCCGUAUAUAGGACGCGAGCCGACGAAUGUGGACGACUGUGGAUGGUGGACACUGGAGUCAUCGAGAUACCAAACAAUCCACAGUACCUUCGACCGCCUGCGAUUGUGGUGUUCGAUUUGAAAACGGACAAACAGAUUCUUCGAUAUCAAUUCAAGAGUUCGGAUAUCCCUACUAAUAGAACUGCUACAGGCCUGGCCUCGAUCACCGUGGUUAUCAAAAACGGUGACUGUAGCGAUGCGUAUGCUUACGUACCGGAUUUGCAGACGUUUGGUCUGAUCGUCUACUCCUUGAGAGAAAAUGAUAGUUGGAGACAUCAACACAAUUACUUUCAUUUCAAUCCGACUUCUGGGAGUUUAAGGGUCGCAGGUCAUUCAUUCAUGUGGAAUGAUGGAAUCUUCAGCGUGGCUGCGGGACAACCAGGGCCUGAUGGAUGCCGCCCGGUCUACUUCCAUCCCAUGGUCAGCCACCAAGAGUUCUCUGUAUCUUCGUGUGAGCUGGAGAAGAGACAAGCUAACGAGACUGCCUUUGAGGUGGUUGGUGAUCGUGGUAGUAACAGCCAAAGCACGAUGCACGAUAUGCACGGCGCCACAAAGGUAAUGUUCUUUGCUGAAGUGGGGAGAGACUCCAUAUCCUGCUGGAACACUGAUAUGCCACUCCGUCCAGACAACAUGGCGAUGCUCGCACGUGAUAGCUCCAGACUGAGUUAUCCAUCAGAUUUGCAUGUGACUGACAACGAAGUAUGGGUGACAUCCAAUACGCUGCCUCGUUUCAUAUACUCGAGAUUCAACCCUAAUGACUACAAUUUCUUCGUGUACAAGGCAAAUGUCGACAAUAUUUUGUCUGGGACUGUCUGCGAAGGUGCUAAAUCCGAUUCUCCUCUUUAUCAUAAUUAUGGUGGAUAUUAUAACAAAAAUAAAUAUGCAUAAACUAAGACUAAAAUUAUGUAUUUUAUGCUACUGAUCUGCAACUAAAAUGGACGCGUAGUCAAGUAUCUAUUAACAAUUUAUAACCAUAUUCCUUAGAAGAUAAGGUUUAAAAUUUAUGAAUUAUAACCUCGAUUUAUACAGCUACUGAUUGAUUAAGAAAGCAUAUGUCGGUAACCAUUACCCAUUAAGGCAGACUGCUUAAUAACAUUCCCACUAGACUGCCAUUAAGGGUCUGAUGAUGAAGUGUAAUUGUUAAGGGAACUCCUCAACGGUAUACAGUAGCUACCUUGUGUUUGGGCUUGUUUAAUUUGUAUUGAUUAGAACUACAUUGCAUCUAUGUGAAUUACAAGUGGAAAAUAACAACAAAACGGAUAUAAUAUAUAUGUAGCUUUAGGUACAAUAAAAUGAUAAAAUAAAAAUUGAAUUUGAAAAUCGACUUUAAAAAACCAAAACAAAAAAAAGUAAAAACUAAAAAGCAAAAAAUAACUACAUACUAUCAGUACUGAUAGGUUGGAAGUCAGUGCCAUAAGCUCAUAUCAUAAUGAUAUAACUUAAUGUCCACAAAAUUAUAAUUAGGUAUCUAUUAAGGUUU